CCGGGGGGCGCCGCCGCUUUAGCCCUCCCCGCGCCGCGCCGACCAUCCCCCGCGGCGGCCGGGGGCGCCGGGCUCCGCAGCGACUCGCCGGUGCCGCCCCGAGGAGCCGCCGCCGCUGCCUCGGCCCCGUUCCAGUCCCUGGUUAAAUGGAAGCCACACCUGGGAUCUGGAUGGUUUCUACUGACAUAGAUUUUGCAUAGCAGCUCCAUCGCUCAGGAGGUUGCAAUGAGUGGAGGAGGGGAACAGCCUGACAUCCUCAGUGUGGGAAUCUUGGUCAAAGAAAGAUGGAAGGUGUUGAGGAAAAUAGGAGGUGGAGGAUUUGGAGAAAUUUACGAUGCACUGGACUUGCUUACUCGGGAAAAUGUUGCACUCAAGGUCGAAUCAGCUCAGCAGCCAAAGCAAGUGCUGAAAAUGGAAGUAGCUGUGUUGAAGAAAUUGCAAGGAAAAGAUCAUGUCUGUAGAUUCAUUGGAUGUGGAAGGAAUGACAGAUUUAACUAUGUGGUCAUGCAGUUGCAGGGUCGGAACUUGGCAGACCUGCGUCGGAGCCAGUCUCGAGGAACAUUCACCAUUAGCACCACUCUGCGGCUUGGGAAGCAGAUUCUGGAAUCUAUUGAAAGUAUUCAUUCUGUGGGGUUCCUGCACAGGGACAUAAAGCCAUCUAACUUUGCAAUGGGACGCUUUCCUAGCACCUGUAGGAAGUGUUAUAUGCUGGAUUUUGGCUUGGCACGACAAUUUACCAACUCGUGUGGGGAUGUCAGACCACCACGAGCUGUCGCUGGUUUUCGAGGAACGGUACGAUAUGCAUCCAUCAACGCUCACAGGAACAGAGAAAUGGGUCGGCACGAUGACCUCUGGUCCCUCUUCUACAUGUUGGUGGAAUUUGUGGUUGGGCAACUGCCUUGGAGGAAAAUAAAAGAUAAGGAGCAAGUAGGCUCCAUUAAAGAAAGGUACGAGCACAGACUUAUGUUGAAACAUCUUCCUCAAGAAUUCAACACCUUUCUGGAUCACAUUGCUAAUUUAGAUUACUUUACAAAGCCUGAUUACCAGCUUCUCAUGUCUGUGUUUGACAACAGCAUGAAAACAUUUGGGGUUAUUGAAAGUGACCCUUUUGACUGGGAGAAGAGUGGAACUGACGGUUCUCUGACGACGACAACGACUUCAACCACACCUCAGUUACACACUCGUCUCACUCCAGCUGCAAUUGGAAUUGCCAAUGCCACUCCCAUCCCAGGGGACUUGCUGCGAGAAAACACAGAUGAAGUUUUCCCUGAUGAGCAGCUCAGUGAUGGAGAGAAUGGUAUUCCAGUUGUUGUCUCGCCAGAGAAACUACCCGGAUCCCCUGGGCAUCAGCGUCCUCAGGAAAAAGAUGUUUGGGAAGAAAUGGAUGCGAACAGAAACAAAAUAAAACUGGGGAUAUGUAAGGCUGCUACAGAGGAAGAAAACAGCCAUGGGCCAGUGAAUGGAAUGCUUAAUGCACCAAGUCUUGGUUCUCCAAUUCGUGUUCGCUCAGAGACCACCCAGCUGGACAGAGAUGUCCCGCUCGUGCGGAAGUUACGUUCCAUUCACAGCUUUGAGCUGGAGAAGCGUCUGACGUUGGAGUCAAAGCCAGACACUGAUAAAUUUCUUGAGACCUGUUUGGAGAAGAUGCAGAAAAACUUGAAUGCUACAGCAGAGCCUCCUGCUGCUGCUCCUCCUCUUUCUCAGAAAACACCUAUUCCCGCCCCCGGGACUGCCCGUAUGGACCAUGUCUGGCACUAUGAUGAAGAGUAUCUUCCAGAUGCUUCCAAGCCUGUGUCAGCUGGCUCUCCAGAACACCCUGAUGGUGUUAUUAGCAAUGGAUUUGUAGCUGUCAACUUAAGCUCCUGCAGGCAAGAGAUUGAUUCUAAGGAAUGGGUGAUAAUAGAUAAGGAACGGGAUUUACAGGACUUCAGGACAAAUGAGGCUUUAGGACACAAAACAACUGGAAGCCCCUCAGAUGAAGAGCCAGAGGUACUACAAGUUCUAGAGGAGUGCCCUCCAGAAGAGCAGCCCAGAGAGAGUGGCUGGGCAGGAAACAGUGUCCAUGCCAAGAAUGAAACCUCAGGAGUGGAGCUUGUUUUAGCCAUGGAGUGUCAUCCUGCUGCUUCUGAACAGCUUACAGAUAAAUUGGAACUUCUGUCUGGAGCUGCUGGACAGCUUCUUGCAGCCACCCCUACGAGUCCUAUGGAGGCUCAGGCAGAAGGAGCACUCACUCCGCUCAACUCAUCUCACAUGCUGCAUUUCUCCACUCCAAGAGUUUCAAGUCCCAUUCUCCGCACCAUGAGCCCUAUAGCCUGUCUUUCCAUCCACUCGGACCCUCUGAGAGAGGCUGGUUUACCAAGGAGUCAAUCAGCUGAGAGCCACUCCUCUUCCUCACGCUCAACCGGUCGUAGGCAGCUUCCUGUCAUUCCCUGUGGCAACAGGUUCCCCCCUGUCAUUCGCAUCUCAAAAGCACAACUUCAGCAGAUAACAAUACCUAGACCUUCAGUGGCAUCCACGCAGUCUGCCUCCGAGAGCUUUCAUUAUGGCCACCAGCUAGAGAAAAGAGAGCAGGAUGCUCAGUCUAUGGAACACACCGUGGAACUUUCCUCCCCAAAGGAAAGUUUGCCAGGCUUGGUUGUGGCAGGAGACACACUCCCAGCUAGUGCCAGCAGACCGGAUUUGGUACUUAAUAUCAGCCAAGAGGUGCUUGACAGGGAAGGUCUUGUCAACGUCCUGGACUGUAGCCAAAAGGACCUCCCUGAAGAGCACAGUGGGAUACAGGAAGAGAAAGAACUUGAAAAUAUCCCUGUAGAGGAGGCUGAGGAAGAAGGGCUUGCAGGGGUUUCUGAGGACGCCGUCGACAUGCGAAGCAAAGAACAGAACUCUUCUCUGCCAGGAAACUCGAAGUCUGCAGAGGAAGAACCUCUAACAAAUACUGAAGCUGCUGAUGAAUCAAAGCCAAGGCCCCUCAGUUUGGUGCCAAACCAAGAUGAGGUUCUGAAGUCGAUAGCACCUAAACCAUUAGAGUUGUCUCCCUCAAGGCUUACCAACGCACACGUUAAUAGACAGGCAAGCAAAACAGAACCUCUUCAGGAAAACGGUUUUCAUUCUAGUAAGGAAGAAGUCCAUAUCCAAGACUUGAAAUGCCACCAAGUGGCCCUUAGUACUUUUUUGCACCAGGAGGACAAAAAAGAGAAAAAUGCUCCCAGGAAUGGAGAGUUGUUCCACUGCAUUUCAGAGAAUGAGAGUUCUCAUCGAUCUAAGAAGGACUUAGUUAAACCUCCUUUUGUAUUCAGGCAGAGCCGAAUCCCAGUUUUAGCACAAGAGAUAGACUCAACAUCAGACUCCUCUUCUCCAGUUUCAGCAAAGGAAAAGCUUCUUCUAAAAAAGGCCCAUCAGACAGACUUGGUCAGACUACUCAUGGAAAAGAGGCAGCUCAAAUCUUUCCUCGGUGACCUCUCAAGUGCCUCUGAUAAGUCACUGGAGGAAAAAAUGGCCCCUGCUCCAGUAGCGUUUUCUGAGGAUGAUGUCUUAUCCUCGUUUUCUAGAUUGACACUGGACUCUCAUCUCAGCAAACAGACAGAAGAUAACUCUUUAUCUCCAAGCAGCCCUCAGUCCAGAAAAAGCAAGAUUCCAAGGCCAGUGUCCUGGGCAACCACUGAUCAAGUCACCAGUUCGAGUUCAGCUCAGUUCUUUCCUCGGCCACCACCAGGAAAAGCCCCUACUAGACCUGUGGUAGAAGCUAGGUUACGCAGAUACAGAGUCCUGGGGAGCAGCAGCUCGGACUCGGAUCUUCUCUCUCGGCUGGCUCAAAUCCUUCAGAAUGGAUCUCAAAGACCAAGGAGUUCUACCCAGUGUAAGAGUCCAGGAUCUCCACACAGUCCCAAAACACCACCCAAAAGCCCCGUCAUCCCCCGGCGCAGUCCCAGUGCCUCCCCUCGGAGCUCUUCCUUACCCCGUACUGCCAGUUCUUCUCCAUCCCGGGCUGGGAGACCCCAUCAUGACCAGAGGAGUUCAUCCCCACAUCUUGGGAGAAGUAAAUCACCUCCCAGCCAUUCAGGCUCCUCAUCUUCUAGGAGAUCCUGCCAACAAGAGCACUGCUGCAACAAACCAAGCAAGAAUGGUCUGAAAGGAUCUGGCAGUUCCUUCCACCACUCCUCAAACACUAAGACUACCACAGGGAAGAGUAAAUCAACCACUAAGCUUAGCAGAUAGGAACUGGGGCCUCGACAGGUAUAAAGCCUCCUCCUAAACCCGAUGCAUGUUGUGUCUGUGUACUGUGUAUUUAAAAAAACUUAUCCAAAAAAGAAGUAUAUUAAAAAAAAAGGUGUUGACUCAGCGCUUUUUAAAGAAAGUAUGCAUCAUAAACCAUUCAUCACAGAGCAUCCUGUGUAAAUAAGUGGCCAGGCAUUGCCUAAGAGCAAGGCAGCAAGCAGAUCCGUGAGAAGGGAAGUAGAGGCCAGGAUAAGAGUGACUAGAUAGUCAAAGAGGUGCAAUGCAUUGAGAGUAACAAACCAUCUCCAAGGUGAGUGUUUGAAAAGGGUAUUUAUUUCUGUGGUUUUAGUUUGCCUAGCUAGAUUUGGCCUGAUUUUUUAAGGCCUUACAUACUCGAGGAGUGUGUAAGAAAACACGCCAUGGUUCUUCCCAAAAUGAUGUACUGCUCAAGCAUAUUGUCACAGCUUUAGAGAAGCACACAAUUCAGAAGAUGAUGAUGUUUCUACCUUAGAAUUCUCUCUGAUUUUUUGAGCUGCACACAUCUCUGAGUCACUCAGUGCCCUCGUCCCCUAGCUGCCAUGGCACAGAUUUUACCUAAGGAAGUAUCACAUACCUUGCCCUUUCUUGACACUGAUGACAGUAAAAUAAACAAUACCAUGUGAACAUAUGCCAGGUUUUUUUAACCUUUAGAAAUUUGCUUAGUACUAAUCAGGAUCCAAGAAGCUAAUUCUCGUUUCUGUACCUUACACUUCUUCAGGAGUUCUUCAAACUCUGUUCAGUAGAAUUUGGAAAAGCAUUCCUGUCUAGGAGAGGAGAGAAAGGAGAUGUCUGCCUUUCACUGAAUGCUGCAGAUUGACACUAAAUUUCAAUGUAAGUUAGAAAAGAAGCUUGAGAACAGAAGUACCUGUUUUAUUGUCCCCCCCUUAACUGCGAGAACCCUUUGUCAUUGCUGGCUGUUGUUCUUCAAUCAGUUAUGGAUCACUGAAACCAGUGGUCCUAGUGUGCAGAGAUGAUUACCAACACAGAUUUGCUUCUUGUUGUCAUUUGUUUUAGAAAAAGAUGAUGAGAGAUGAGGAGAUUGUCUGCUUUGUGGAUUUGGUUGGUUGUAGGUGACUCAACACCCUUACACGAUCUGGGUAAGAGUACUGGUCGUUAAAGCAAAAUGCACAGAGAGGAGUCUGAGGUGAUUUUAUUGUUGGAUUCUUGUCAUUCUUUUGCCCAAAUGGUUUUUCAGUAGCCAAGCUUCACUGUCUGUCAGUAAAGUCUGUGGUGUCCAACUCCUCCGGCUUUGUUUGGCAGAUACUCUUGUGCCCUCCAGGAUCUCUGUAGGGAGCUUAAACGGUACAGCACCUUUUGCUAUAUUCAGAGGAGAAUAGUGGGUCAGAAUAGAGACUCAGCUCAAGCUUGAGGGAAACAUGCAGCCAACUCUCCCUGGUUAUUCCUGUUGUGGGGACACUGGAUGCAUAGGAGCCUUGUCAGUUACCGAUCUGCUUGCUGUAGUCACAUGCCUCCAGCCAACAUCUGUGCUUUUUUAUUUCACCUCAGCCAAAUGAAUACCUUUGGAUUCAAAAGGGAAUAUUUUGUCUCUGAGCUAACACAUUCUAAUGCUGCAUUAAAGCUGCCCUGGAGCUGCACUGAAUCUCACUCGCUUUGUCAGACUAUGUUGACUUUUCUGUUUCCUUUCCCUUUUCUUACUAUGAAUGUGUAUAUUGUUUCCCAUACGUAAUGUAGCACAGUGUGGAACCUUAAUUUCAUUCAGGUUUCAAGCACUACAGUUGAAUGCAAUAGGUAGGGUAUACCUGCUUUUUCUGAAGAACCUGUACCCUUGGAAAGUCCUGUUCCUCUGUAUUAUAUUGUAUAAUAGGUGCUAUUCCAAUAAUUGCAUGUCUUCAUGGUAAAUUAUAUAAUAUAAAAUUUAUAUCUAUACAUACAUGUAUAUGCUUAUAUAAACUCAUUCUUUCUCAUGUUUCAUUUGUAAUUUAUGGGCCACAAAUAAUACAGCUCCCUUUCUGGUAGUCCCUGAACACAUUUGGCAUUGCAUCUUUCAUUUCCUCCCCAAAAUUCCUGGAAUGCACAAAUUCUAACAGCCUUUAUACAUUGGUCCGAGAUGGAAGGACUGCUGAUUUCUCAACCAGCCAAUGUUUUGUCUUGCAGCUUGGCUUUUCUUUCUCUAUGGUUUUGUGUGUACAUUUGCACAGGGAACAAGAACAGAGACUCAAAGAGAUUCUUAUUUUUGAUUACAGGUAGGGCUGUGGUUACUUGUGUCUGUGUCACGAUGUGAGUUCUGAAUUGUUACAAGUGCUCAUCAAAUAGGGGCAGUGACAGUCAAUGAAUGUGACAACAAAUUCCAUCUUUUCCUUUCUCCCUUCCUCAUCUUUCCUUAUGGUACACUAUCAAGAGAAUUUGGUUCCAUUGAGACGUUUUUGUCCUGGGCACUGCUGGAAUUAUUUGUUAAGGUUGGUGUGGCAACCUGUGGUUAUUUUGCCUCCUCUCUCCCUUAUUUCUGAAGAGCAUUUAUUAUGGUCUUGUAAGCUUAUUCCAGCAUUAACAUGGUCAGUUUUGAUAGCUACUACCUUUACUUGUCUGAAAUGGUGAAGUUGAGGUGUUUCUGUUUUCUCUCCAGCAUAGUGGGAUCCAGAAACAGGUAAUUUGCUUUACAGGUGAGAAAGAAUAUACCACUUAAGGAUGUUUUUUAUGCUGCCUUCAAAAUGCAGACGUGUCCAUUGUUACACAUUACUGUGUAAAACACAUCAAUGCUGUAGAAACUCACUUUUACUUGAACUACUUGCCAAUGUAAAAAUAGUAAACUAUGCCAAAACAGAGAAAGAGAUAUCAGUCAUGAUUGGUGACCCAGGCUUCUUUCAGUGCAGACCAAAGUAAAAGGACUGUGUAUCCCCAGUGGAUCCACGCUGUGGAUUCAACGGGAUCUAGCGAGGAAAUCAUGAUGGUAUAAGUGGUGGAGUGAUUGUGAAUAACUUCUCUUGAACUACUCAUGCUUCUGGAGAUUUGUAUUGCUUGAUACCCACCCUCCCUCCAAAAGUUUACAGAAUUGCUUACUGUAGUCUAAUGUAGCAAUCAGUUAAUGUAGUGACCAGUCAGCUGAUCAACUCACACAUAAAUAUUAGCUUCAUAUUUCUAGAGGGCCUGUAUAUUCAUCAAGAGCUCUGUAAGCUUCAGUGUUUGAAUAUGCAACUGACUCUGCAUAAAAGCACCAACAUCCAUGUGUGUGGCCCAUGUGCAGAGUGUGAAUGGAUGGUUUACAGAAGAUUAUCUGCAACAACUUACCAGGGACGUGGCAGGUUUUUCUGCAGUGUAGGGAAGGGUUACGGGUAUUCUGUGUCACGCUGUGCUUUGUCCUCUCCAAGCCUCCGUGUCUUUGGAGGGCAGUGAGAUGGAGCCAUGGCAUGGAGCUGGUGCUGCACACUCAUUUCCUCUUUAUGGUGUUUCCUGUGUUGUGGGGCAGAACUUUGGAGCAUUUCUGUAGAGAAUUCGAGGCACGAAGCCUUUUAAACUAAAACAGAACUUGAAAAGACUGAACAUUUCACACAGACUUCCGUGCUGCAUUAUUGCAUGGGGUAAUGAAUCUAAGUUACAACCUCACAAAUCUGUAUUAAGAAACCUCAUUAUUAAUGACAAAUGCCAACUUCUACUUCAGUAAAACCCUGUUAAAAGUCAUGGAAGGUGUGAGACAGUAGAGCAACACCCGGCAAGUUGUAUGAUGCUAUGCACCUCUAGCUACUGCUUGAGCAGGAUUGGUGAGCAUAGAGAAUUCCACUGCUCAAAGGCAGGAGCAAUAUGAGAUCUUGAAAAUCAUUUAGGAGGCAGACCCUUGGAGAGUAACAUGGGGCAUUCCUGGUAGCCCCCAGCCAUGUCAUGUCUUGGGAAAGCUGGACAUAUCCUUGCCUUGGAGUCUGCAUGCUUGAGAUCAAGCUUUCUUGCAUACCUCAGUAAACAGCCUUCAUGUAAAAGGGAGGAUCUGGUCCUAUAUCAUUAAAAAAAGUAGCUUGAAAGAUUCUUCAUCUGAAAGAAAACCUUUGCAAGAGCUCUGUCAUUUAUAAUUUGUAGCAUUAGGAUGUUAACUCUAGCUGGGAAACACACAGUCUUUACUUUCUGUCUAUAAAUAUGCAUCAGUACCUAAGUGUAUCCAUACAGACACUUGCACAGAUACUGUCUAUGACACAGAAACACACAUACAUAUGUGUGUAUGUACAUCUGGAUAGGAACAGCCUCAGCUAUUGCAUCCUGCUUACUGGGAUUCAUUUGCCAGAGUGAGCCUGAUUUGCUCUGAUGUCCUCUUCAUCUGCCAUAACUUUGCCACACCCUGUGUCUGAUGCUGUGUCUCUUCCAUGUUCCAGGGCCUGAUCCUAUAGUCCCCCUACUUGGGCAAAGUUUGCAUAAGUCCUUCUUAUUGCAGUUACAUUUAUGCAAUGGUUGACUGUAAUGUUUCUUAAAAGCAGUGUUUUCUUUUUCUCUUCAGUGAGAAUGUAGAUGAGGCCAGGCUUACAGUACAGACUCUCUUCUGUAAACAGAAUUUCUCCAUAAGGAACUGGACAUUUUUGUGGGACACUGAGAGGUGUAAAUUCUGAUGAUUAAUCCAGUUUCUUAACAGGGUCUAAUGGCAAACUAAGGAUACGUUCCUCCAAUUUUUACACACAUGUUAAAGAAGCAUCUUCUGAAAAGGACUAAGAGAAUAAAAGAGAGCUCAAAGGCAAAUUAGUUUCUCAUUAUAGGUAUAUGUUAACUUUUUCCUGCAGGACUGAUCCUGUGAGGUGACAAGAGCCAUGCCUGUCAUGCCAAUUCCAGCGAGCAAGGGGCUGCUUAGGUCUUUAUGUUGAUGCCACGGUUCCUUCUGGCACAUCCUCUCUUUGCUUUUCCCCUCUAAGAAGUGCUCAGAGAAUUGUCAGCUAUACACACCAAAGCCUUGACAGUUAUCUGUGCCUCCUUUCUUCAACCAGUCUGUUUCUGAAACUUGUGGAACAGCCCACAGUAUUUUCAUUCUUCUACUUUUAGCUGCUGAAGUGGGCAGUGAGCUGAAGGGGUUUGUUUGCUGUUCUGCAUUUGACACAGACAUCAUUGGUGUCAAUUAUUGACAAGUAACCAGUAACACUGGCAAAAGGAGAGAGGUUCAGUGUUUGGAUGACAUGCCACAUACAGGCAGUUCUUAGCUAAUCCAUGCAGAGUGCAUGAGCAUGCAGGUCACACGGGAAUACCUCAGUGUCUGCUUGAAGCCAGCUUUCCUUUUCCUUAAAAACGAUACAGAAGUCCACCCGGAUUGUGUAAUAACCUUCUGCAAUGAUGUGUAUUUAAUCACUCAUUUCCCUGGGGUUUAAAUAAUCAGGCUUUUGAACACCCACCUCUGAGGGUUUUUCACAAGGAGAAGAACACAGGAGUGUGUUGUUUCCAAGGCUAAGGUAUUAACUUGGUGACUGCUGUAGCCGUCCAGGUUUGAACACGGAGGCUGAUUGUCCCCUCUGUGGUUGGUUUCUUCUAAAACAAGUGGGAUACUCGUGAGGGCCUGAUCUUCCACAACUGACUGUGGCAACUGAGGUAGAAUUCCUUUGCUUCACAGAUGCUUGUUUCCUUUUGAGAUCACUUAAUCAUUGACUUGAUUUUUGUAUGAAGGACCGGUACUAACAGCAGAUGAGCUUGCUCCUAAAGAUAGGGUGCAAUUAAUUUGGCCUGCCUGGCUUCACAUCCUUUCAAAGCCCAAUCUGUUGCGUGGCAGGCAAGGUCAUAAAGGUUUGGCACAAGGUGAGGUGGGUUUCUUGGGGCUAUUUCACAUCGUUUUCCAUCUGAUUGGAGAUCAGGAUUGGUUGCCUCUUAGCCUUCUCUGCAUCCUCUUUACUUUCCUUGGCUAGAAUGCUAAAAUUUGAAGUUCUUUGCCAGCUUCCAACUUUCCAGAGAGUGAGCCCAGAGACGAUGCAGUGCUUUUGUGCUGACAGAUGUCCAUUUUCAAACACUUUCCUAUGAAUAUCCAAACUAGUAAAUUAAAGAAAUCACCAGCAAUGCCUUCAGGCAAGUACUGACUUUCUGAAACUGCCAACCAAUGGCUGCUGAUCUAAAAUCUCUGGGCAAUACCACCAGGAAUGAAAUCUGUGGAUUAGCUAAAAAUGCAAUGUAAUUAAGUCCUCAAUAGUAAAAUCUGCAGCAGGAUUAAAUCAAGUGGAAAGCAGUUCUGAGAUUGUUACCAUCGAGGAAGACAAACGUUGAGUCCUUCAAAUUCUCUUGUUCAGUAAUUGCAGAUCCCUUCCCAUCCUUGGAGAUCUUCGAAGCCAUUCUCUCCCUUUUAAAUUUGCUCAGGCACCCAAGAACAUAAAGAGUUAAUGCCCUUGUAAUGGUCAUUUGUACAUAAAGCUGUAAUUAUUUAUUUUCUCAUUUGUACCAUACCAAGGCUUUGUACAAUGUUUUAA